GAAAGAAGUUGGUUAAAACAAUUGCGGGAGGGGCAAAGGCUUUUGGAUUCCCUUCCCCCGCAAGUUGUUUCUGACACUUUGAGCUCGUGUGUGUUGGGCGCACGCUCUCCAAGUCCUUCUUGUCUGCUAAUAAACGACCCACAUGCCCUUUUGUCCCCAAGGGUUUCGUGUGCCUGCCGACCAUCACCUGAGGAUGUGACCCCCUCAUCGAUAAACGUGGUGGGGGGAUGAAACUGCUUGUUUUGCCCCAUUUCCAAAUGAUUUACCAAACCUCACAAGUACUUAGUUAUGUUAUUGCCGAGUAAAAACGAAUAUAACACUCUUAUGCUGAUCUCCCCCAAAACAAAGAAACCAUUUACAUAAAAAAAAAAAGAACUCGCCCGUUUCACACCUUUUUGGUCGGAGGGAGAGUGUCGCGUUCGCGUCGCGUUUGUUCUCCGCAUGCGCACGGUUGAACACUUGCAGCUGACCUUAUUAAAAAAAAAAGUUUUGGAAAUUUGGGCAACCGAUCAUGAGAACAAGUUGAACGGUUUUCGGCAUGAAAUCUCGCCCCCAAAGGCCCAACAAAAGCAAACUCUUUACUCUCCGCGAUUGUUGGCGUAAAGGGUGUGGGCUUGCCGUGGUCAGCGGGUUCAACAGAAAAAAUCGAUUGAAUGGAGCUUUUAAACAAGACUUGCUUUUUUUAAUCGAUCAACCCCCCGUCUCUGGUCUUGUUCAAAAAGCUUUCCUUUGUGGUGUGAUUUUCAGACGUAAGUCGUCCGUCAAAUGGCAGCUGUCGCUGCCAUAUCUACCUUUGCCGCCUGUCAGACUGUGGGACAUCCAGACAACCCGCAUCCUACCUACAAGACACCCUUGCAGCAGCAGCAGCAGCAGGACUUGAAGAAGGAAACACCCUCCAUGUCCAAGGAAAAGGACAGGAGCUUGCAGCUAAAGGAACGGCAAGCAAAAGUCUUGUGUAAGGCGUUGCAAGGGAUACAGGACCAAGAGGAUUGGUAUACAGCCGAUCGGCGGAGAAAGGCUGAGCACGCUCUUCCAGCUGUCGGCGGUGAAGCGUCUUGGAAGGCAGAGGGGGCACAGGCUGGGCAGUGCGAUGCACCCAAGGAAACAGUUUUUGCAGCGGUCCCCGAAACCGAGACCAUUGAAUCGAAACAACAGCAGCAAACUCAGAGCACGGAAGCGCAAAGGGUGUCUCAAAACGUUGGCCAACGACCGAAUGAGAACCACUGUCAAACGUCACAUCGCAGUGGCGAUAAUGCAAAGCACCAAAAAGCAGAUAGACAGCAGACGGUAGCGCCUACGGUAGCUCAUCGGCAACAACCGGUAUCUCCUCGAUCCCAGCAAACUCUUCAGUGUCCUCGUCCCCAACGCCACGCACCGCAAUCGCAGCAACGGCUAUCACCCAACACAGCGCUUUUCCAUCCUCAACCCCAACGACUCCAGCAUCCGCAGAGAAAUCAUCUGUACCCGUUUCUCCCCGCCAAUCACCCGCAACAGACAAUGCAUCAUUCACAUCAGCAUCAACCGCAUUCACACCAGCAUACACAAUCCAAUCUCAAUCAUCACAAUGCUCACCAGUCCAUGCCCACAAAUCGUCCACAAUCAACACCGCCUACACCUCGCAAACCGCUGGUCACGAUCGGCUUCAACCCAACUUACACCCACCCGACCACAUCAUCAAGUGCACCAUCGCAAACCACCAGACUUCCUGGAUAUACAGACACUGAACCUCCUCCAGAUCCCUACGAUAGCGGGCUAGAAAUGCCUAGAAAACAACAACCGGUUCAUCGCCGCACGCCCUCUUCAACUCAACACAGUCAACCGCGAAAGCCAGCAUCUGCACCCGCCCGCCCGCACCGUCUCGUCCCACGUCGGACUUUUCCCAUGGCGUCAUGGACGACGACUAUUGACUAUUAUGCACGACGUAGCGACUCUCCAUUUCAAUGCGAUCCAAGAGGAACUGUGAAUUUUGCAGAUCCUCCUGAGAGGCGUUCUAGACAAGAUCUCAGAGACGAUAUGGGCAAGAAUGAACUCGAUGGUCCUCCUGAUCUUGAAUCCUCGUUUGAAGAGUCUGAUGAAUCCGAGGAGGGGAGGCACAAAAAGUGGAAAUGGUUUGGAUGGGCAUUUGGCUGAUUGUUCAAGGUGGCCACCUUUUUUUUUCUUGUACAAUACCUUGCAACUUUAUUAAUUUAUAUUAUUGGUAUGAGAGCUACAUAAAUAUUGAUUGGUUUUUAAAUGGGCUGGCAAUGGGCGUAUCGCCUACCGUACUGUUCCACCAAAGGUAGAAACGCAUCAAGAUCGUUCGCACACGUGCAUGCCUACAUCGGCA